CAAAUUGUUAACAACAACCUACCCAGGGCAGUCACUGUGGGAUGAAAAACGUGAAAGAUGUAAGGAAACAACCACCACAAACUGCAACUGGAUCUGGAAGGUUUGAUCCGGACAUAGCUGACUCCAUCUCGUUGCGAAGCAAAGUGAAACUAUCUAAGAAAGAAUCAUUGCGUAUCAUAAAGAACGUUGCUACUGUUUCGUGUGCCUUCAUGGUACAAUUCACUGCUUUCCAGGGAACCGCUAACCUGCAAUCUUCUAUCAACGCAAAAGAUUUCCUGGGAACGAUCUCAUUGGCUACCAUCUUUGCAUCCCUCGUUGUGUCCUGCGUCUUCCUGCCAACGCUGAUCAUCCGCAAGCUGACGGUGAAGUGGACGCUCUGUUUGAGUAUGCUCUGCUAUGCUCCCUACAUUGCUGCGCAGUUCCACCCCACAUUCUACACGCUGAUUCCGGCUGGUAUUCUAGCCGGUCUAGGUGCAGCUCCCAUGUGGGCAAGUCAAGCCACUUAUCUCACCCAACUUGGGCAAGUGUAUGCAAAGGUGACGGGCAAGUCUGUUGAGGUCAUCGUAGUUCGAUUUUUCGGAUUCUUUUUCCUGGCCUGGCAAGCUGCCGAUCUCUGGGGAAAUUUGAUCUCUAGCCUGGUCCUUUCUAGUAGAGCUCGAGAGGGAGGAGCUAGUGAGCACAGUGAAAAUGACACCAUUAACGAUUACGAUCAGUGCGGUGCAAACUUCAGUCCAGUUGCUCCUACGGAUAAUGCCAACCUGGCUAGGCCUCCGGAUUCAGAAAUUUAUAUAAUUUCAGCGAUUUAUCUUGCUUGUAUCGUUGCAGCUGUAGUGAUCAUUGCUCUGUUCAUGGAUCCACUUUCCCGAUACGGCGAGAAACGAUGUGGUUCAGUUUCGGCUCUUGAAGUGUCUGUUAUUCAGCUGCUGUCGGCCACUUUUGAACAAUUUAAAAAACUUAAGCAACAGUUGUUGAUUUUGAUUACAAUCUUCAUCGGAAUGGAGCAGGCCUUCAUCGGCGCGGAGUUUACCCAGGCGUUUGUGUCCUGUGCACUCGGAGUUCAUCAGAUUGGGUACGUGAUGAUAUGCUUCGGAGUGGUGAACGGCCUUUGUUCAAUUGUGUUCGGUUUUCUCAUGCAGUACACUGGACGUAUUCCGCUCAUCGUUUCUGGUGCUCUCGUCCAUGGUGGUGUCAUCAUGUUCUGUGUUUUCUGGAAACCACAUCCCAACGAAGUGAUGAUAUUUUAUGGCAUUGCCGGCAUUUGGGGAGUUGCCGAUGCUGUCUGGCAGACUCAAGUUAACGGUCUUUAUGGAGUUGUAUUUCGACGAAACAAGGAAGCUGCUUUCUCUAAUUACCGAUUGUGGGAAUCGGCAGGCUUCGCGAUUGCUUAUACCUAUUCGCCUGCGUUGCAUGCCUGGAUAAAGCUCUACCUUUUGCUAGCGGUUCUAGCUGUCGGAAUGGUUGGCUACACCAUAUUCGAAAUCCGACAUGCUGCCAAGGAACGUCGCCUCAAGAAGCUGGAAGAGAAACUUCUACGAACCGAAGCCGAACGCAAAGAAAUUGAAGAAGAUGACGCAAAGGACGAAUUGGAGGAAGACAUCGAAGUAACACAGACAUGAGCGCGUGUUCUUCUGACCAGGACUCGAAACUCAUAGACGCAACGACUACCAUCAUCAACUGUAGAUUAAUUAAACAUAGUCUUCAGCGCUAUGCAUGCACACAACUUUGUUGAAACCAUUUCACGCAAGCCUUCGUCUUACACGUUUAAUAAAUAAUUAA